AUGUGCAAGAGCCAGUUGGAGGCAAAAGCCUUCAGUGGGCGACGCGGGUACGGGCUGGCGAUGGCGGAACUGGCUGCGCGGCUGAACUGCGCCGAAUAUAAAAACUGGCUGAAGGCCGGGCACAGCCUCCUCCUCUUGAAAGCCGCCCUGCAGCGCUUCGCCGGCGAGCAAAUUCACGCCUUCCAUCGCCGGCUGAUCGCGGGCGACUCCGCUCGCUUAACCCCGUCAGGCUUUCAGUGUGGCGGGCGCUGCGUCCCUCGAGGCAAGCAGUUUCAACCUAGCUGCUCCUUAUGUAAAGAAUGGAAAAAAGAGAUUUUGAGCCAUCAUACACACAAGAUGGGGGAUAUUUAUUGGGGGAACUGCAGACCAUGGCUCUGGCCUUCUAAUUCAUGGGAACUGGCAAAGGCUUAUAUGCCUCGUGGGAAAGCCGAUACUUAUGGUCCUGACAAGUGUGAUGCAUCAGCACUCUUAAACCUUUUCAUUUUCUGUGAUCACUUCAACAAUAUUGAUCCAAAGAAAAUCAGAGAGGUGAUAAAGUGCCGCAAUGAGCUAAUGCAUUCUGCAGAUAUGAAAGUCUCUUUUUCCUGGUUGAAACAAUUUGGAAAUCAUGUCCAAAAUUUGCUGACUGAAUUCUACCAGGUUCCAGAGGCUCAGACAGCUUGUCAUAGGAUACAAAAGCUCUUGGAAUCUGAUUGGAAUGUUCACAUAGCAGGAGAUCAGCUUGAUGGACUGGAAGGUGAAAUGACCCCAAGCCUGAUCAGAGAAACAGAAUUAGAACUGAUGAAAGAGAGACUUGAGGAAAUCUGUUUUCUUGCAAAAGAACAUGGAAUAACAUCAGAAGAGGAUUUAAAUAGAGUACAGAUAGUAAGAGAUUUCUUACUGGGCAAUCACGAACUUCAAAGUAAUUUGCAAACAGAAAUGCAGAACCUAGAAGACCUGGUAAAAGAACUCAAUGGUGAAAAAGAAUUGGCUGGAGACAUCCAAGAAGUGAAUUGAUGAACAAUGAAUCAAGUAUGCACACUUUAAAUAUUCUGCUUGUUUUUUUUAUUUCAGUACAAUGUAACUUUUGUCCCAUUUUAUGAAGUUUUAGAAGAAAGUAUCAUUGUACAACUAAAUCAAAACUUUAAGGUGGAUUUUUGCUUAAAUGCAUGAAGGUAGAACAUUCAUGGGGGGGGCAAGAUACUAUUUUUAAGAAUGAAAAGCAGAGGAAAUUGGUUUAAAUAAAUGUACAUUUCUUAUUUUCAAGUGUCCUUCUUUAGGAAUGCUGUGUCAGUGAUGAAUGAAAGCAAGAGCUACAGCUACAGCUUAACAACUCCCUAAAUGCUUUGCUAUUUUUAGAAGUAACAUCUCAAAAGACAGAAAACCUUCCGCAUGCUUGUCUUUGGCUGGCCAAUGGUUUCCAUAGCUUGUGCUUUCCUGUGCAAGCCCUUUUCCAUUUUCUAGGCGAGCACCAGUCCAGUUACAUUGCAUGUCAUCUCUACAAUUUCUUCAGAUUCCUGCAUUUCAGAUCCCUGCUUAGUGAUUUGGUUCUUACACUGUG